AUGUCCAACCAAACCACUAUGACUAAGUUCCUUCUUCUGGGAUUCUCUGAUGUUCGGGAGCUGCAGAUUUUGUACUUAGUGAUGUUUCUAAUGAUUUACCUGGCAGCCCUGAUGGGGAAUCUUCUCAUCAUCAUGGUUGUAGCCCUGGAUCAUUAUCUUCACACCCCCAUGUACUUCUUCCUGGUCAAUUUGGCCAUCUUAGACAUUGGCUCCAUUUCUGUCACCAUUCCCAAGUCCAUGGCUAAUUCCCUCAUGAACACCAGGUCCAUCUCUUAUUCUGGAUGUGUUGUCCAAAUCUUUCUCUUUGUCUUCUUUGUCUCAGGAGAUGUUGCCUUACUCACCAUCAUGGUGUAUGACCGAUAUGUUGCCAUCUGCAAACCCCUGCACUACGAGAGAGUGAUGAACAGGAAAGCUUGUGUCCAAAUGGCAGCCAGUGCCUGGAUCAGCAGUGUUCUCUACUCUGCCCUGCACACUGGGAACACAUUUUCAAUCUCCUUCUGUGGAGGCAACAUGGUGGAUCAGUUCUUCUGUGAAAUCCCCCAGAUACUCAAGCUCGCCUGCACUGACUCAUACCUCAGUGAAAAUGGGGUCAUGGCUUUUAGUGUGUGCUUAGUCUUAAGCAGUUUUGUUUUAAUAAUUGCGUCCUAUGUUCAGAUCUUCAAAACUGUGCUAAGAAUCCCCUUGGAGCAGGGCCGGCAUAAAGCUUUCUCCACCUGCCUUCCUCGCCUCAUUGUCAUCUCCUUGUUUGUUUCCACUGUAUUCUUUACCUACCUGAAACCCACCUCCAGCUCAAUGUCAGGCCUGGCUCUUGUGGCAGCUGUGCUCUAUUUCAUGCUGCUGCCAGUGAUGAAUCCGAUCAUCUACAGCAUGAGGAACAAAGAGAUCAAAGCUGCUCUGAGGACACUCACUAGGUGGAGGUUAUUGACCAAAAAUGAAAUGUCUGUCUCUCUCUCUUGA